CGUAAAUACUAAAUGUGUCGCGAGUUUAGCGAUUUCCAAACAGGCAGUAAACUACUCGGCGAGAGCGCGCUUAGGUGUGUGAACGCGGCAAGGUAGAGAAGGGAAACCAAGUGGAUGAAUUUUCGACUACGACAGAAGGAUGUCAGACUGCGAGUCCAUCAAAAAAAUGUUGCGGGCUGUACUGCAGUCCAGCAAGCAGGGUGUGUGUAUUAGUAGACUGCAGUCAGAGUUCCGCUCGCUGUGUGGAGAUAAUAUCCCCCUGAAGAAACUAGGCUUCUCUGAUUUGGAAGGCUACCUCAGGAGCAUUCCCUCUGUAGUGCGGCUGGACUACCACAUGGGGGAGUUGAGAUGCUUUGCAGCAGUAUGUAAAGAGACGGCACACAUUGCUGAGCUGGUGGCCCGGCAGAAGAGUUCCAAGAAAUUGGGAAGCUCCCAAAUAGUCAACUGCAGGAUGAGACGCAAAGCUUCCGACCCUUACAUGUUGAGAGGGAGACCAAUGUCAACUCUGCGCCAGCCUUCAGCUGGUAAUGCUUUCAAGCCGGCCAGCCACUAUCAAUCCCAUGGUGGCUACAGAGGUUUCAGUGCCUCGGGAGACGUCAGGCUAUUGGAAAAUAGACAAGGAUUCACUCAACCAGUUGAACACAGACAACCUGCCUCUCAACAAAGUGUGAACCUCUGUGUCUCCCAUGACAGGACCAAUAAUUUGGAAAAGCUCCAGAAACCACAAGAGAAUCCACCUGAACAAGUUUCCAGACUCAACUGUUCAGAGUCAAGCCAGUAUGAUGUGAAUCUGGUGCAGAGAAGACUAACCCAAGUAUUGCAAAAGUACUGCUCUGGGCUGUGGAUGUCCAAACUGCCGACGAUCUUCCGUGACAUGUUUAGUCAGCCGCUCCCUCCUUGGGUGCUCAAACAUCUGGAAAAGUGGCAACACAUUUGUAUGGUAGAGCAAUCUUAUAGCACCAGCGGUGACCGCCUAAUUUACCCUCCUCUACCUUCCUCUGAUGCUCCGAGAAGCAGUUCCCCUGAAUGCUCCACAAAAUCCACUCUCAUGUUAAGCACUGUACCUGUAUCCACGUCCUCACAGGCCUCUAUGUUUCAAAAACCUGCUGCAUGUCUUCCAGUGUGCCCUGUUCCAAAACCUAGAGUUCCAUCCAUGAAGCCCUUAGCCAAGCCAACGCUCCCCACAGCUCCACAGCCCGCUUGUCAUGUCACUUCUCAACAUUCAGUUCAGGACAGUCUUGCAGUCACUUCCAGGAAUGUCAACUUUGUCACAAGUACUGGCAAACUUAGGCAAAAUUCCCCCCAAACGAACCAUCCAACCUUAGCUCCUUCUUAUCAACUCACCUCUGAAGCUUUAUCCCCACUAACACCAACAUUUUCCUCAAGCUCUGAUUCUGGCCCUCGUUCUCCUCCCACAAAGUUCUGUGCUGACAUUGUGCCAGCUGAUGUGUGGGAAAGGAUAAACGAACUUCUGUCCAAGUACAGCAAUGGGCUAUGGGUCCAUGCAUUGCCUAAACUUUACAUGGACACGUACAAGGCCCCAUUCCCUGAACAUCUCCUGGAUAAGUUAUGUCUUCUUUGCACUGUUGAGUACCCUGUUCCAUCUGACAAGAGGAAAGCCAUUCUGUAUAAUUCCAUCAGAGGAAACGCGGACGUAACUGAUCACACAGAGGGCAGAAGCCACAGUCUUCUCUCAGGUGUGGAGAUUGUUGGUCCUGUGGUUCCUCCUUCUCUAGUUCAUCCUUCAGUGCAGUACCCCUCUGUACUGGUUAUUGAUGCCAAAAGCAGUAAUGCUGUUACCAUACGGUAUGUAGGUGAGGGCUAUUCCAAUGCUCAGGAGGCAAUGGAAGAUGCAAUGCUGUCCUUUUAUAGACAUAGCUCCACUCUCCAUCCUCUCUCCAAUCCUGUUGUGGGUCAGCUAAUAGCAGUCAAGGGCGAGGGUGGCGAUGAACUGGCCAGAGCUCAGGUCACGGAAGUCAUGAACCUCAACAAGGUCAAGGUUUACUAUCUGGACCAUGGGUUUACUGUGGAGACGACGAGAGAACAUCUUCUGGAGCUGCAUCAGGACUUCUUUUCGCUUCCUUUCCAGGCCACUAAUGUUAGGCUGGCAGGUUUAGGGGCGUUCAGUACCCAUCCUUCUGUGUUGUCCUCAUUGGAUAAGUGGGCAACUGGAAAAAUCCUUCUGAUGGAGAUGUUGGGGCCUUCUCCCCCGAUUGACUUACCUGAGGGAUUGCUGUAUGACACCUCGCAAGAAGAUGACAUCAACAUCAACUCUGUCUGCCUAAAGGCUCUGCAAGAUAAAACCAUGAAUAACCCCUUAACUGUGAAUUGUGCAUAUGACAAUGUAUGUGUCACAAACGUAUGUGCUGACGGCGACAUCUUUUGCCAGCUGCCCUCCAGAGGAACUGCGAGACUCAGCAAGUUAUUGGAGGAGACCGAAGCAUUUUUUAUUUCCCAGAUGACAUCAGAGUUUUUGGUUUCUAAACCUUUCAUUGGCAAGGUGUGUCUGAUCCGCUACCAAGAAAAGUGGUCUCGAGCAGAGAUCAGCCACCUUCAUGGCAACAGGGUUGUGGAGGUUGUCUUAGUUGAUCUGGGUGUUCCAGCAACUGUUGAGAUCACCGAACUAAGAGAGAUUCCUCCUCUUUUCAUUAAAGAUUUCACUCUCAUCCCACCACAGGCGAUCAAAUGUCGUCUGGCUGAUGUGACACUUCCAGAAGGAGUCUGGAGCAUUGAUGCUGUUUCAUGGUUGAAGAACGCUGUCCUUGGUGUCAAAGAUUGCAAAAUGAAGAUCUGUAAGUUAGGGGAGCACAAAGGAGAGCGAUUAGUCCACAUGUACCUCUUUGUGGGUGCAGGCGGUGAAGAAGUGAACAAGAUCAUGAGCCAACAGUUGACCCGUCCAGAGUUGUGGCAGACACUCGACGUCAAGUGCAACUCCAAGGACAAUGGUCUCAGUGCAUCUUUGAAGCGGCUGACAACUCAACCUCAUCGUGGACCAUGUGAAUCACCUUCCCCAGAGAAGACCACAGGAACAAUGCCCCCACUGUUGGAACUCCCCCUGCCUGGUCAGAACAUCGAUGUCCACGUGCCAGUGGCUUGCCACCCUGGUUAUUUUGUGAUGCAGCCAUGGCAGGACCUGCAUAAACUGAUGGUCUUGAUGGGAGAGAUGAUGCUCUACUAUAACCAGACUGCGAAAACCACCACAGCAAUGCAAAUUGAUAAAGGAGAAAUCUAUGCAGCCAAAAUAGAAAAGAAUUGGCAUCGUGUUGUGGUGAAGGGGAUCUUGUCCAAUGGCUUGAUUUCUGUCUACGAGUUGGACCACGGCAAACAUGAGCUCAUUCAGAGUUCUCUUUUGCAACCCUUGAUUGAGGAAUUCCGACAGCUUCCUUUCCAGGCCAUCACUGCACAACUAGCAGGCGUGCCAAAGCGGCAGUGGUCAGAAGAGGCCUCCAUGGUGUUUAGGAAUCAUGUAGAGAAGCAUGCACUUGUCGCCCAGAUUGAAAGUGUACAGGACCUCUCUGAGGUCAUGGGUGAACUGUGGGGGCGCAAGUUAACGGUGUAUUUAGUGGAUACCAAUGUGGAGUUCAAGGACCUUUGGAUACACAGCCUCAUGGAGGACAUGUGUUCUGAGCCUUAGAACACAUGAAUAUUUUGGUAUCAUAAUAUUUCUUCUUGAUUAGUUUUGUUUUUUUGUGCUCAAUGCAUGUAAAUUACAUGGGAACACUUUUCUUUGUCAUUUGUUUUUGUUAUGUUUCUGGAAACAUGUUGCAAGUUCAUUAAAAAA